UGACCAAGUUACGAACGAACCAUCGAGCAAGCAACAUGCAAGCCCAAUACAUCGCCAUCCUCCUGGCCGCCAUGGCCAUCGGCUCCUCCUCCGCGAAUCCCACCCUGGUCUCGGGACCCUCGAAGAUGUUCGAGAUCAUGAGUGCCACCAGCGAGAUGCAGCGCAACAAUCCUGCCCUGGCCUCCGCCUGCUUCGGUUACUACCAGGGCGUCUUCGACGACGACUAUGCGGCCUAUCAGGUGGAGUACAACCAGUGCUCCAGCAAGUUCGAUUCGGGCAAGAGCGGUACCCUGGAGCGCUACGAAUCCUAUGUCUGGUCACUGAGCAACACUACAUAUGAUUCCUGCAAGUUCCUGCUCGAAUGCGACCAGAAUAGCAACAGUCUGGACUCCCUCAACUGCUACUCCGCUCAGGGCACCAAUCACUCCACGGUGGCCACUAACAUCUCCCACGAGGCCUCGGUCUACAUCGGUGCUUUGAUGCAGGAAAUCUCCCUCUACGAGUUCGCCCGCGAUGCCUGCUUCACCGAAUGCGGUCACACCUACGAGACUCGCUCUGCCAAGUCCUAUGUGGAGUUCCAGGACUGCCUGGCUGGCAAAUCUGCUGUGCCGGAGGAACCUGUUGCUCAGGCUGCAAUCCAGCUAACAGCCGAAGUGGAGAGCAGCCAGAAGCAGGGUUAUGCCAAGAAGCUGGAAAACCUCUUCAAGCAUCAUCCUUAAAAAACUAGGGUUUCAUGAAUAAUGUUCAGUUAUUGUACAUUUUCAUAUAUUUUUUUCUUAUUGAAACAUGUAAAUAAAACUUGAAUAUAUACAAAAAAA